UAUCCAGACCUUUUUGUUCUUUUUAAGUCGUUUUGGAUCGAAAAUGAACGGAUAUUUUAGAGGAAAAUUUGUAGUUUGAUUUACUGGAAUACUUAUCUUUCUAUUGGAAAAUGGCACCUCGAAAAUGCGUCGCCGACGCACGACGGAUUUGGCGAUGGUUUUCUGGCCCACGACACCAAUUGGGACUGCUUAUUUGCAUCUUUUAUUUGGUCACCACGGUAGGUGGUCAGAUUCGUUAUUCUAUCCCAGAAGAAAUGAAGAAAGGCUCGGUGAUCGGUAAUGUGGCGCAAGAUCUUGGCUUGGAUGUGAAAAGGCUGCGUUCAGGGCGGGCCCGCAUCGUGACGGGAGAAAACGUCCAGUACACCGAGCUGAAGACAGACAAAGGGCUUCUCGUCGUUAACGACAGAAUAGACCGGGAGCAGCUUUGUGGAGAUGUGACGCCAUGUAGCUUCAGCUUUGAGGUCAUUUUAGAAAAUCCGUUAGAAUUGCACAGAAUCAUCGUUGAGGUUUUGGAUAUAAACGAUCAUGCUCCCAUCUUUGCAAAUAAUGAUAAAGCUCUCAUAUUUGAAAUAAGUGAAUCAGCUGCAGUAGGAGUGCGCUUUCCUCUGAAAAGUGCAGAGGAUGAAGAUGUAGGACAAAACGCAUUACAGAAUUACAUUUUGUCACCAAACGAUCAUUUUAUACUGAAUCAGCAUGCAAAUCCAGAUGGCAGCAAAUAUGUUGAAAUGGUGCUCCAGAAGCCUUUAGACAGAGAGCAACGUCCCCGUUUGUCUUUAAAAUUAAUUGCAGUGGAUGGAGGAACACCACAGAGGUCUGGUACAGUUAAUAUAGAAAUAAAUGUUUUAGAUGCAAAUGACAAUGAACCCAUAUUUAACCAAUCAGAAUAUAAAGCAGCUGUUAUAGAGAAUGCAGUGAAAGGAACUAGUAUAAUUACUGUAAAUGCUACAGAUGCUGACAGUGGUUCAUAUGGACAUAUCACAUAUAGUUUGUCCAAAAAGAAAGAAAGUGCGGCAGAUAUAUUUAAUAUUGAUGAAAAAACAGGCACAAUUUAUGUGUCCGGUCAACUCGAUUAUGAAAAGGACAGAAAAUAUGAAGUAAGGGUGGAAGCAAAGGAUCAAGGUGGGUUUACAGGGACCAGUAAAAUUAUAUUUGAUGUAAUUGAUGUAAAUGACAAUACUCCAAUUAUUAAUAUAAUGUCCUUUUCAAGUCCUGUGUCCGAAGAUUCGCCCCCUGGUACAACAAUAGCAAUUCUAAACAUAAAGGAUGCUGAUUCUGAGAGAAAUGGACAAAUAACAUGUUCAAUAAAUGGAAAAAUGCCUUUUAGAUUAGAGACGUCUUUAACAAAUUAUUACAAUUUAAUAUCAGAUCAAUACUUUGAUAGAGAGUCUAUGUCAGAAUAUAACAUAACAAUAACAGCCACUGAUCUCGGAACACCCCCUCUUUCUACCUCAACAAAGUUGCAUCUUAGAAUCUCAGACAUAAAUGACAAUGCACCAUUAUUUGAUAAAAACAUUUAUUCUGCUUAUGUCUCAGAGAAUAAUUCUCCGGGCAUUUCCAUAUUUGCUGUCACUGCUAGAGAUGCUGAUUGGAAUCAAAACGCGAGAAUAUCUUAUCUUUUAGAGGACACACAGAUAAGUGGCAGUCCUGUUUCUACUUAUGUUUCUUUAAAUUCUGAAACUGGCGUUCUUAGUUCUGUUCGAUCAUUUGAUUAUGAGCAAAUUAAACAACUGGACUUGGUGGUCAGAGCUCAGGAUGGAGGUUCUCCUCCUCUCAGCAGCAACGUGAGCGUUCGCAUCCUGAUUCAGGACCAGAACGACAACGCCCCCCAGGUCCUGUACCCGGUCCAGACGGGCGGCUCGGUGCUGGCUGAAAUGGUGCCUCGUUCAGCAGAUGUGGGCUAUCUGGUGACUAAAGUGGUGGCUGUUGAUGUGGACUCUGGACAGAACGCCUGGCUCUCCUAUAAAGUGCACAAAGCCACAGACAGGGCGCUGUUUGAAGUGGGCCUACACAAUGGAGAAAUAAGAACUGUCCGCCAAGUCACUGAUAAAGAUGCCGUCAAACAAAGACUGAGUGUUCUAGUGGAGGACAACGGGCAGCCCUCUCGUUCAGCUACAGUCAUUGUUAACGUGGCGGUGGCGGACAGCUUCCCUGAAGUGCUGUCAGAGUUCACUGACUUUAGCAUGCACGACAAGGAGUACAAUGACAAGCUGACUUUUUACUUAGUCUUGGCUUUGGCUGUGGUCUCCUUCCUCUUCAUCACCUGCUUGCUGCUCAUCAUAUCAGUCAAAGUGUACAGGUGGAGACAGUCUCGCGUCCUGUACCACUCCAACCUCCCUGUCAUUCCAUAUUAUCCACCACGUUACUCAGACACUUUGGGGACAGGGACUCUCCAACACGUGUACAAUUACGAGGUGUGCAGGACCACCGACUCCAGAAAAAGUGACAUGAAGAAUAUGCAAGCCAUGAGUCAAAGUUUAGUGAGUGUGGAUGGAGCUGAUGCUGAUACACCACAUGUGACCAAGCAGAUGUCAGGAAACUUUUCACAGAUGUCAACUUUGGUGAGUCAAAUAUUUUACCAUUCUUUGUCCGUUUUCCAUUUGACAACUUCCAUUGACUUAAAGAGAGUCUGUUUGUCACUACUCUCCAUGCUAUUUUUAAUAUUGUUUUUAGCAAACAUAACUCUUGAGUUAUAAAACUACCUUAAGAAAAUUGUUAGUAUAUCUAAUACCGCUAAUUAAUGUGUAUUUUGCCCACUAGCAAAUGAACGCUCAUCCAUUUUUACAGUAGGUCUAUCAAUAUUUGAAAUCAGGGACGGAUUAUUGGUGAGUAAAUGUUUGUGAAAUAAUUAACCAAAUAUGUUUAUGUCUUAUAAUAGUCACAGUUUACAGAGAUCAUUUUCAUCUUGUUUUUACUGUAGUUGUAUUAUACAUGGUGCUUGAAGUAAUUCAAAAUAUUUACUGAACAAGUACAAGUAUGGGUUUUUG